UGUACUUUUGCAUUUUCUCCGUUAGAAAUGACUUAUUUUUCCACUAAUUUCCCAAUUUUGGUUUUUCAGCUUGGAUGCUUGGUUGGUUCAUGUGCAAAAGUGUCUCCUACUUGCAGGGAGUGUCGGUCAGUGCCUCUAUCAACACUUUGGUCGCCAUUUCGAUAGACAGAUUUGUGGCCAUCUGCUACCCGCUAAAAUGCCAAAUGACCACCAGGAGUGCUAGAAGGAUCAUCGUGGUCAUCUGGGUCUUCUCCCUUCUCAUCACCCUGCCAUGGGCAAUGUAUUUUCAUCUGGAACCUAUCGACCCUUCUACACCGGAAAUCACCCUCUGCAUGGAAAGUUGGCCACAAGAAGAAUCGCAGACACUUUAUUUCUUGGUUGCAAACUUAGGUCUUUGUUAUCUUCUGCCACUUUGCAUCAUAUCUAUGUGUUAUAUCGGUAUUUGGAUUAAAGUCUGCAGAAGAAGCAUCCCCGGCGAGACCAAAGGUACAAAUGCAGAUCUCAUGAGGCAAAGAUCAAAGUUGAAAGUAGUAAAGAUGAUGGUGGUCGUCGUGGUGCUUUUCGUCAUAUCCUGGCUUCCCCUCUACGUCAUUUUCACUAUGAUCAAACUAGGAGGACCCGUUGAAGCGGACAGCCAGAAGGAAAAGACCAUUAUGAUUGUAGCUCCCAUUGCACAGUGGCUGGGAGCAUCCAACAGCUGUAUCAAUCCCGUUCUCUACACAUUUUUUAACAAGAAAUUUAGAAAAGGAUUCUUGGCAAUCAUCAAGAGCCGCUCCUGCUGUGGAACACUUCGCUACGAGGCUGCAACAAAGGGGACCAGAAGCACUGUUUUGAGAAGUACCUUCAAAUCGCGUUGCGAUACACAGUGCGAAUAUGUAACAACAGCUAAAGUUUAAAACUGCAUUUAAUGAAAUAUGUUUUUUAUCCUACAACACGAACUUUUUUGCCUUGAUGUACACCUGCCUGGACGUUAUUUGAAUCUUGCAAAUUAUUUCAUAUAAUUAAAGUAGUAACUGUUGUCAACCGGAAGCAUUAAGCUUUAAUUUUAAGCAAUGUUUUACACGGAUGGGUUAAUAAAUAGAGAAAUUAAAUAAAUCCGAUACACAAGGGUCUCCAAAAUUCCGUUUCUUGGAUAUAGACUAAGACUGUUCCAUUAAUUUUUGUUUGUUUUAAUCUUAAACAUUAGAUUGAUUUGCUUAACCCUUUCGGACCUCCUGGGGGCGUUUUCUACCUUUAUAAUGUAAAGGUCUGUUUUAUCGGUAAUUUCUAAGCUCUCUCUUCAUGAAGUAAGGUGAACCAUCCAUAAAUACGCCUUCUAACUCAUUUAAUAAAAAACUUUUCUAAAACCUCAUUCUGGCAGGAAAUAAAUAAUAAAUGCGAAAUGAGAAUGGAGCGUAAAGCAUGUUUAAAAUUAAAAUGACUGUUAGGAACUUAAAAUAACCUCUACAGAUACGUUGCAAGGCACUUUUUCUAACGCCAAGAAAAAUAUCACUUUUUUUUUUUUUUUUUUUUUUUUUUUGCGAGUCUCAAAUCAUUCAGGGCUGAAAGGGUUUAUACGACAAUAAAUUCGUAAUAAAUAAAUAAGAUCAAAAUGUUUCAUGGUUAUGUCUCUGAGUAUUCUGCUUAACUCAGUUCUUUUCAAGUGCUAAAAAAUCAGUCAAAAAUUCGAAUGUGUUUAAAGUUUUACAAAAAAAUUACUGAAUUAUUUUUGUACCAUAAAUAAAUUUUAAGCUAAUUUUCCGUAAUUUAGAAAAUUCUUUUAAUUUAAAGCAAGGCAUUUGCAUUUAAUGUUCAAAUAUUUCAUGAUUUUAAUGUAAGUUUAAUAAACCUUUUCCUCACAUACCUAUUCAUUCAUUGUCUUGGCAAAUCAAUUUAAAAUCCCCUCUUACUCCGAUUGCUAAACAUCAUGAUGAUAUAAAGAAACAAAGAUGCAGUAUUUAAUAUGCAUAUGUAAUACAUAUACACAUGCAUUACAUAUACACAUUAUUGUGCAUUAUACCUCGUUUGAGCAAAUGUUAAUUAUGUUUCUGUAAAUAAAGUAGAUUUGACUCAUGCAGUACUUAAGGUGCAUAUAUACAGAUUUACAUGUACGUAUAUUAAUGUGUAUAUAUAAUACAUAUAACCAUUAAUACACGUAAUUCAUACACACAUUAAUACGCAAACACGUACAUCUGCAUACAUACAUCUUAAAUACUGCAUGAGCCAAAUCCACUUUAUUUACAGAAGCGUAAUUAACGUUUAAUCAAGGGAGGUAUAAUACCAUAUUCGAUGGUUUCAAACAAAACUGAAAUUAACUUUCAAUGUUUAGUUCUAAAUUCCUUAAGUAUAGUUGUUUUGUAAAAAUUUCAUGUUAUUAAAUAUCUGUAUGUACUUCAAUGUAUAAUUAUUGUGUAAAAUUUGAUGUAUGAUAUGCAUAGGUAUGAUAUACGAACCAAGGUAUGAUGGUAAAAGUAGCAUUUAUAUUUAUGAAUUUUAUUCUCAAAUUUGAUGUGUGCACAAAUAUACUGUAUUCGCCAAUUAAAGUUAUUUCUGUGUGUCUGUAUGUGCUUGCAUGCAUUUUUGGGUGUUAUUAACUGUACUUAACAUGGAAAAUAAAUUCUACAUUUAAUAUGA